AUGACUUCUAUAACGGUGGUAACCACCAUCCCAGAGAAAAUUUUGAAAGUUAAACAAGAAGUUGAAGCUGAGUUUGGUACAGAUAUCAGCUGGAGUCAUGGAGAAAGCAAUGUUUCAGAUCAGCUCCAGAGCCGCUUCUCUGAGCUGGACAACCGUGACUGGCGUAAUCGUUCUACACAGUUGCCUGCUCCUGCUGAGGAGAGAUCCUGGGAGUCAGUAAGAGACAGGGACCUUGGUGGAAGGUGGCAACAAGAUGCUAACCAGUACAAUAAGCAAGAUCAAACUAACUCACAGUAUGCCAGAUCACAGUUAUCUUCAAACCAAGGGGCUGUACAGACUCUAAUCAAGGCUGAUGCACCAUGGUCUGCUCGAAGGGGUAAUCUAUCUGAGGAGGAGCGUGUUCUGAAAACAGUGAAGGGGAUAUUGAACAAGCUGACUCCUGAGAAAUUUGAUCUUCUGAAGGGUCAAUUAAUAGACUCUGGGAUAACAACAGCUGAUAUUUUAAAGGGCGUUAUCUCCUUGAUAUUUGACAAGGCUGUGUUGGAGCCGACAUUUUGCCCCAUGUAUGCAUUGCUCUGUUCGGACCUCAAUGCAAAGCUUCCUCCAUUCCCAUCAGAUGUGCCCGGUGGCAAAGAGAUUACAUUUAAGCGAAUUCUCUUGAACAUCUGCCAAGAAGCAUUUGAAGGUGCCGACAAAUUGAGGGAAGAGGUCAAACAAAUGACUGCUCCUGAGCAAGAAUCUGAGAAAAGGGACAAGGAGAGGUUAAUCAAACUUCGUACGCUUGGAAAUAUCCGCUUAAUUGGAGAACUUCUGAAACAGAAGAUGGUUCCCGAGAGGAUUGUUCAUCACAUAGUUCAGGAACUCCUGGGACAGGACAGUUCAAGUUGUCCAGAAGAGGAGAAUGUUGAGGCCAUAUGUCAGUUCUUCAACACAAUUGGGAAACAGCUUGAUGAGAACCAAAAAUCAAAGCGUAUCAAUGAUACAUAUUUCAGUCGCUUGAAGGAGUUGGGAGCACACCCUCAGCUGGCUGCACGACUUAGGUUUAUGAUACGCAAUGUUCUAGAUACACGUGCAAACAACUGGGUACCAAGACGUGAAGAGGUAAAAGCCAAAACAAUUACUGAGAUUCACACGGAAGCUGAGAAGAAUAUGGGGUUACGCCCAGGUGCUACUGCUGGCAUGAGAAACAGCAGAGUAAUGGCUGGGGGUCAAGGGGGUCUCUCUCCUACUGGCUUUCCAAUGAACCGGCCUGGUACAGGUGGUAUGAUGCCAGGGAUGCCCGGAGUAAGGAAAAUGCCAGGGAUGCCGGGAAUGGAUAAUGACAAUUGGGAGGUUCCUAGAUCUCGAAAUAUGCCGAGGGGUGAUGGUUCAAUGGCUCAGCCUCCUGCUCGUGCUCAGCCUCAACUGCCAGGGAAGACACCUUCGGUUAACCCACGAUUCCUACCUCAAGGUACCGGUGGUUUCAUGGGUAGCAAAACUAGUGCUCUCAUGCAGGGUACGGGUGUUCCUGCUCGAACUCCUACUGUUGAACCUGUAUCUGAAGCACCUGCGCCAGUUAGACAAGCUCCAGUUGCUGUCAAGCCAUUGCCUCCAACUGCAAAAUUGAGUCUUGACGAGUUCAAGAGAAAGACGAAAUCGCUGAUGGAGGAAUACUUUAGUAUCAGACUUCUCGAUGAAGCAUUGGAAUGUGUUCUAGAACUGAAGUCCCCAGCUUAUCAUUCUGAAUUUGUCAAAGAAGCUAUAUCACUCGCAUUGGAGAAAGCACCCCCAUGCGUCGAACCAGUUUCUAAACUCAUGGGCUACUUGUUUGAAAAGAAGGUUGUUAAUGCUGAUGACAUUGGAACAGGGUGUCUCAGCUACGCAGCGCUACUGGAAGAUCUUGCCAUUGAUUUACCAAAAGCUCCGGCUAAUUUUGGUGAGAUUAUUGGGAAACUUGUGUUGGCAGGGGCACUUGACUUCAAGGUCGUGAAGGAGAUCGUGGCAAAGGUGGGCGAUGACUACUUCCAAAAGGCCGUCUUUGCUGCUGUUAAGAACACUGUGAGUAACGACUCGGCUGGGAAGCAGUUGCUGGAUGCGGAGGCGUCUGAGGUUGCCGCCUGUGAGAGCCUGUUCUAGACCUCGUGCCUUGUUUCGGGAGCAACGCGACUUGCAACCUCAUAGACAAAAUAUGCAAGUGAUGUUGGUUGGAUGGAUAUUUUGCUGGAGGUGGUAAUAGUGUAUUAAUAGAGAGGAAAAGGUUAGUUUUUAAAAAAAGAGAUUUUGGUUACGCAUUGUGGCUAAUCAAGGCCAUAAUCGCCGGAGAAUGGGAUUUGAGAGUCCUCUUGUUUUGUAUUAGUUGUCAAAUUGUUUAUUUCGUCAUGUUAAAUUUUGCUAAUUUUGUGAGAUCAUAAUUUAAUUUUAAUCCAAGAUAUUUUCCUUGCGAUC